CCAUCUCUUGGCUGUUUAUACCCGUCACUCGCUUAUUCAUCACUUUCGUUCAAUUAACAUUUUUUCAAUAUGAAGCUUUUCGGAUCUAUUGGCGCCGUUGCGGCGGCUUUGAUGCUUCUCCCCGGUCAGGCUUUGGCUGGGCAGUACAAGGGUUUCAGUAUGGGUGCCAACAGGGCUGAUGGGCUUUGCAAGUACACUGCGGACUGGAAGAAGGAUUUCCAGACUAUCAAGAGCUGGAACAAGGGUUUCAACGCUGUGCGCCUCUACUCCGCCGAUGACUGCAACACAUUGGUCAAGGCUGUCCCCGCCGCCAAGCAGACCGGCAUGAAGAUCCUUGUUGGCGUCUGGGCCACCGACGAUGCUCACUUCGGCCGUGACAAGGCCGCUCUUCUCAAGGUCAUCAAGCAGUACGGCACCGACUGGAUCGCCGCUAUCUCCGUCGGUUCCGAGGACUUGUACCGCAAGGACAUUUCCCCCAACAAGCUGGCCCAGCAGAUCUACGACGUGCGCGGCAUGGUUCGCCAGUUCAACAAGAACCUCAAGGUCGGCCACACCGACACCUGGACUGCGUGGGUCGACGGCCGCAACGAUGUGGUCACCAAGGCGUGCGACAUUGCCAUCACCAACGGCUUCCCCUACUGGCAGGGCGUUCCCAUCAAGGAUGCUCUGCGCCUCAAGACUUUCCAGAACUCGUACUGGAAUGUUCAGAAGCACGUCAAGGCUGUUAACAGCAAGGCUGCUGUCUGGGUUGGAGAGACUGGAUGGCCUACUAAGGGACCUAACUACCAGAAGGCCGCUGCUACUACCGCUAGCCUGCAGAGCUACUACAACAACGUCGGAUGCUGGCUGUGGCAACAGAAGGAUGCUAGUGGUUUCUGGUUCACUGCUUUCGAUGCGCCUCUGGCUACCCCUGAGGUUGAGAAGUACUUCGGUAUUGCGAACAAGGACCGCAAGCUCAAGUUCAGCCUGACUUGCUAGGUGGAGCGUAUCUGAUUUCAAGUAUCUAUUUUUUGAACAUGGGACAUGGCUGGGAAAUAGGCGCUGGAGACUCAUCUGCAUAUACAUUCACUCAUAGACUAUUCCUUUUAAAAGCCAUCGGCGUGAACAAUACAAUGGCAUUGUAAUUCAUUGCAACUAUCUGACCUG